AUUUCAUUGCCUGCAUGAUUGUCUUCGCAAUGAUUCAAGGGGCGUGGCAGUUGUCGGGCCUCGAGUCUUUCCGUCUGGCUUUCCCAUUACCCUCACAUCGUACUAGAACCGUCCGCUGACAUUUUAAUCUACUCCGUUUUGGCUCAAGGGAGCGUGCUCCUGCUUGGCCCCACCAUUAAAUAUCGACUUCGCCCCUGGAGACAGAUGGUAGCGAUCUGUCGAUGGCUCGCUGUGAUCUGCCCAUCCCUGGCGGCAGUUCUUGCCCAGGCUGGUCCCACAGCGACUGUCUCUUGCGACACCACGAUUGGGCAGAUAGAUAUCGAGAUAUUUCGCGAGUGGUCCCCGAAAGGUGCUGAUCACUUCCUCGAGUUGGUGCAGGACGGAUGGUACACAGACAUAGCGCUCUUCCGGGCUGUGCCGAAUUUCCUGGUGCAGUUUGGGAUCAACACGGACGCAUCCAUGCGACAGAAAUGGGAGCGUAAAACCAUCGAUGACGACCCGUCGCAGAAUAUUGCUUUUGAGCGUGGCACGGUAAGCUACGCAGGCUCUGGGCCGAAUAGUCGCGGUACGCACGUCUUCUUCUCGUUGGGCGCGAUUCCUUUGGGCGAGUCGCCGUGGGAAACCCCUUUUGGCCGGGUGGCUGCACAUUCUUUAGAAGUCAUGGACAAGAUCUAUACUGGCUACGGGGACAUGCCGCCUUGGGGAGAGGGACCCAAUCCGCAAGAAAUCAACCAGCGUGGCAACUCCUACGUCAGAGAAGAUUUUCCAAAGGUCGAUUUCAUAAAGAGCUGCAAGGUCGCGACUAUGACGUCCGAUGCCAGUGUGAAAUCUGAUGACUUGUAAUGCGUGGUGCCUUCGUGGGACUCAGCAUAUAACAACAAUGCAUUCUGAUCAUCACCAGUAAAUUCAGACUGGGCGGUAGAUCUCGCUAUCUCUCUCUCUCUCUCGAUUUCUAUCAGUCUCUCCCCCCUCUCUCUCUCUUUCGUAGCACACUCUUUUGACAUGCACACUCGUGCAUCCAUACGUACACACGUAUGCAUAACCAUGUGAACGACGCUUAAGGUGAGAUGGCAGGGGAGAGAACCCGGGCGUCGACACUUCCGCC